UGUCAAUCUGUUACCACCUGACCAGCGCGUCUAAUUGGCUGGGGCCGGUUUGCCCCACCCUCUUCUGAUGACCUUUCACGAUUCUGAUUUGUUGAGAGGGAAAAAACGUACUGUGGGCGGGUUCGUGCGUAAGCUACGAUGUGGACACAGAGGACAGGCUCUAAUGUCCACUUCUCCGUAGCGAACUACACCGGUGCUCAAAAAUGGGACCAAACAGCAAAGCACUGAAACAAAAGCUGUCUCAAGAUACAGAAAGGGAGUUCGGAGGAACCCUAGGUGCUGUAUGCAUUCCAUUUUUUCUUCCAUUGACGGUACUCUUCCUGAUCUGUGUGAGUCGGUCUCCUGAAGCCAGUGUGCUCCAGUGGCCCCCUCAGCUCCCCUCCACUGAUCAGCUGUGGGACCCUCUGGCCCCUGUGAUUCUGUUGGGAUGGAUCGGUCUGCACACCCUCCUCUAUUUUAUGCCAUUUGGAAAGGUAUCUGAAGGACUAACGCUGAGGGAUGGAACACGCCUCAAGUAUCCCAUAAAUGGUUUUCACAGUCUGUGUGCCAGCUCUGUGUUGCUGGUGUUGUUGCUGGGGCUCGGGGUUCCUAUCGGAUAUCUGUUUGAACUGCUGUUGCCUCUGGCGGCGUCUGCCAUAGCUGCGUCGUUCCUGCUCUCCAUCUACCUCUACGUACGAUCUUUUUGGGCUCCCUACCAUGCGUUGGCCCUGGGGGGAAACACAGGAAAUCCCUUGUAUGACUUCUUCAUCGGGCGGGAGCUAAACCCACGAAUUGGAAACUUUGAUUUAAAAUAUAUGUGUGAACUCAGACCAGGUCUGAUUGGCUGGGUGGUCAUUAACCUCGGGAUGCUGAUGAAGGAGGUGGAGCUUCGAGGAUCUCCCUCUCUCGCCAUGAUCUUGGUCAACAGUUUCCAGCUGCUCUAUGUGGCCGAUGCUCUGUGGAACGAGGAGGCAGUUCUGUCAACCAUGGACAUUGUUCAUGAUGGUUUUGGUUUCAUGCUGGUCUUUGGUGACCUAGCCUGGGUCCCCUUCACAUACAGUCUGCAGGCAGCCUUCCUGGUUGGGCACCCACAGGCUCUGACUCUCCUUAAAGCAGCGGCAAUAGUAGCGCUGAAUGGAAUGGGAUAUUAUAUCUUUAGAAAGUCAAACUCACAGAAGAACCAGUUCAGAAGAGACCCGACUCACCCGAGUGUAGCAGGUUUGGAGACUAUUGCCACGGCGAUGGGGAAACGGCUGCUUGUGUCUGGCUGGUGGGGUUUUGUUCGUCAUCCUAAUUACCUCGGCGACCUUCUCAUGGCUCUGGCGUGGUCUCUGCCGUGCGGAUUCUCACACAUUUUGCCAUACUUCUACAUUGUUUACUUCACCGUCCUGCUGAUUCACCGGGAGGCCCGUGACGAGAGGCAGUGCAGGGCCAAAUAUGGACAGGCGUGGGACACUUACUGCCGCCGGGUCCCCUACAGGAUUUUCCCUUAUAUUUACUGAAAAGGACACAGGAAGUCGCUGGGAGCUAAACUGACACUCAACUGCCUCUCCUUUUCAUUUUUUAAGAUGUUGUUUUUUUUUUUUUUUUUUUUUUUUUUACACAGACAAAAUUUGAAGAGGGUUACUUUUUCUGAAAACCUGAAGGAUCCUGAUUUAUAACUUUAGGUCUAAUUAGCCCGUUCGUGUACAGUACGUGUGCACAUACAAGUCCUCCUGAGUGGAUCCUUCACUUUAUACGCACAUAAAAAAAAAUGUUUUUUUGAAAUUUACUUUCAUUCCAAACCUUUAGACACUUAUAGGAGAAAUAAAAUAACUGAAUUUUAAGAUUUUAUGCAUGAAAGAGUUAAUUGUUUUGUUCUGUUUUUAAGCCUUUCUGAAGGUUCAGUCUGUGAUUAUAAGUGCCUUUUCAAUGACAUAAAAAUGUUCCAGUCUUUGUAUUACAUGGUCUUUGUGGUGACGUGAUGCUGAGUUCAAUGCAUAUUUGAAUAAAUACUUAACGUAUA